AGACAUUUAGAAAAUGUAUUUAACCCAUUUUAAUAUAAACUAACAUGAGAUGUUUUGAUGAUCAUACUUGGAUGUUUUCUGGAUGAAAUGCACUUUAAACAACUUUUAGACAUACGUGUACUAUUUGGGAAUAGUAUAGUAUCUUUAGUCAGGUAUUCCAUAUUGUUUUUAACUCUAAUUAAAAUAGGCUGUGAGGGACAGACACAGCCAAUGCCACAUAUAAAGUAAAAUGUAAAAGUUUUUUUGUAAGAAAAUAAAUUCUGUCAGUUUAAGUUCAGUUGCCAAACUAUUUGUAUAUUCAACAACAAACCAUUGAACACACUGUACAUCUAUCCCUCACAGCCUUGUCCAGCGCUACCCUGACUAAGUUUCAUGGAUGUGACACUUUCCUAUAUAUAGUUAUAGUAUAGUUAUAAUAAUGUGAUUAAGUGGGGUAUGAUUUAUGGAUGUGACGCUUUCCUAGUGGGAGAUAAGAGUGGGUGCAUUUCCUGGCAGACUGGCUUGCUCUGAAAAUCAUUACAUUUGUUCCAUUUAAUUGUGUGAGUUCAGAUAAAGCCUUUUUUGAAACAGCCUCCUCACAUUGAUCUAAACCAGAGUCAAUACAUUUUAUUUAUUGAUUUAACACUGGAACGCCAAAGGGGAAAGUUCUCAGUCCCCUCCUCUACUCCCUUUUUCUCCCUUAUUCAUCCUAGCAAUUCCUUCAAGUUUGUUGAAGAUACACCAGGACUGAUAACAGACAAAAAUGAGACAGCCUACAGGGAGGAGAUUAAGAUUUACCAUAAUAAUCUCUGCUGACCUCACCUGGUCCACAUCUCACAGAUGGGGAAGGCCAACAGGGACCAUACUUUCUUAGAAAGUUGAGUCAGUGAUAGAGAGCCCCAACUGCUAACCCGACGUGGUUCAAAAGCUGCACAGAAGAGAACAGGAUGGACCUGCAGCGGGUAGUGGCAUUUGUGGGCAAACCACAAAUGCAUGCAGUGAUCCACAAAUGAAUGCCAGGCAGAGUGGUGCGUGUGACAUAAAAAUAUAAUUGUGAAUGUUUUUCUAUUUGCAAAUCUCAUUUUAUUUGUGAAUUUAAUUCAUUUUGUUAAACACCAACUUAUUUGUGGAUCUCAUUCUAUUUGUUAGUGUUCAUCUAUUUAUUUGGAAUAAAGGAACAAUUUUAACCCCAUAUGAGAAAAUGUAGUGGAUUUAAACAGUAGGCUACUGUAGUCUCUGCCCUCUGUAUUUGGAAGAAUUUCACCAUUUUUUUCUCUACCGGCUUUCCUAGUCUUCACCCUGCUGCUGAACAAUAUUUCAAUAAAAUGUGAUGUAGAACGAGAACGCUAAUGAAAGUGUCGGUUGUUAUUAGUUUGGUUUUCGUAAGGCAACUAACUUAAAAUGCGCGUUCCCACGAUAGGUGUACUUUUCUCUGCACACCGAAGUUCAUAAGAUCUCUCGAUAUGAAUCGCAGACAAAUGUUGCGGAUUUGUCGUCGUUGUGAUCUACGUCCUCCCACACUCUUUAAGUAGGCUACAAGCAGAUUUUUAAAGUUUUAAAUCUUUCAAAACAAGACACCACACGGAUUUAUGUGGCCAAACGAGACAUUUUAAAAGACAGCUUCUCUAUCGAGAAUAAUUCGUUUUCUGACGAGCACAACCUCUCACUGGUGACUGGAUUUAACUCAAAUUAUGGGCCACUUAUCCAUUGUCUCUUCUAGCAAAUUAAUCCUCCUCGUUAUUUGCUGCUUUAAAGUAUCAUAUGCUCUGCAGUGUGUGGACCCCGUGAAGCCCUGUGUCAACAACGCUGCCUGUGUCACUUUCCAGAAUGGAACAGGCUACUGCAGGUCUUCACUGGGGAUAUGACUCUGGGGCUCAUCUCGGUGUCCUGGUCUCCGCUGACGAUCAGGGCUGUAGACAUCAUCUCUUGGUGCUGAUCCACCAUCUGAUCGGAUACGGACUGAGAAACAGAAUAGGAAAGAAACUGUUGUAUUUUUAUACCGGUUUUGGAGGAGCAAACUGUGAGGUGAACAUUGAUGAUUGUCGGAAUCACCGCUGUCAGAAUGGAGCCAUAUGCAUUGACGGAGUGAACACUUACAGCUGCCAGUGUCCACCUGAAUGGACUGGUGAGUUUUGCACUGAUGAUGUGGAUGAAUGCAGACUGCAGCCCAACGCCUGUCAGAACGGAGGCACGUGCAGAAACACACACAACGGCUACAACUGUGUGUGUGUGAACGGCUGGAGCGGCCCUGACUGCUCUGAAAACAUUGAUGACUGCGCAGCUGCGGUCUGCAUGGGCGGCUCCACUUGCAUCGACUGCGUGGCUUCCUUCGUUUGCAGCUGCCCUCCUGGCAAGACUGGUUUGCUGUGUCACAUUGAUGAUGCCUGCACCAGUAACCCUUGCAAGAUGGGAGCUCAAUGUGACACGAACCCCAUCAAUGGCAAGUUCAGCUGUAACUGCCCCUCAGGGUACAAUGGCAGCACAUGUGCCGAGGAUAUCGACGAGUGUGUCAUCGGGCCAAACCCGUGUGAGCACGGUGGUUCUUGUAAGAACACAGAGGGCUCGUUCACCUGUAACUGCGCUCCGGGUUACACUGGUCCACGCUGUGAGCAGGACAUCAACGAAUGUGGCUCCAACCCCUGCCAAAAUGACGCCACCUGCUUGGACCAGAUAGGAGAUUUCUCUUGCUUCUGUAUGGCUGGUAGUUAGACACACACACACACACACACUCACACUCACACUCACACACUCACACACUCACACACACACACACACACACACACACACACACACACACACACACACACACACACACACACACACACACACACACACACACACACACACACACACACACACACACACACACACACACACA